AUGCAGGCCCUGCCCAAAGUCCUGCUCGCCUCCCAGCCCGACGGGCUGCGCAAGGCGCUCAGGCGACGGUGGGCUCACCUGCGCCGGGCAUCCCAAUGGAGGCGAGGGGCGGCAAUCGCCUUCGCUGUCCUCGUGACGCUCGUGACAGCGGGGCUCGUCUUUCGCAGCCCGAAGCCGCUAAUGCGGACAACCAGUCCCCGCGACCAGCCCUUGGCCACGGUCCACCACGGCUUCCUGCCUCCCGCGCAGUUUGAGCGCGUGAGCCGGAUCUCCAACGCGCAGAUCGACGGCGCCUUGGAUGCCGACACGCUGGACGGGUACAUCAGCGGCUGGAUGGUGAAGUUCAACCGGCGGGGGCUGGAGAGGGUGAGGGCCAUGGAGCUGUACGCCGACGCGGUGCCGUACUUGGAAGCGGUGUUGGUGAACGAGUCGAAUGCCUUCGUGCUGAACACGGUGGUGGCCAAGGAGCCGGCGCCCGGGGCGGAUGCCGUCAACGCGCACUUCGACAACACGGUGGCCAUCCGGGAGCAGGGCAUCUUCCUGGCGCACCAGGUGAACGUCCUGUACGUCUCCCUGCCCGACAGAAUGGAGGGCGGCCAGCUGGAGGUGUGGCCCAUGGAAUUCGAGGACAGCGAGUACGGCAAGGCCGUCAUCCACCCCCUGGAAAACAUGAUGGUAGAAUUCAGGGGCGACGCGGGGCACCGCGUGAGGGGAUUCAGGUCGCCCAGCGGGGGGAAGCGGGUCAGCCUGGUGCUGGAGCAGUACCGCAUUCCUCGCUCCUCGUACGGCAACACCGUGGAUUUCUGCCAAGGGCAGGAGUGCAUGGAAGAGGUGGUGUAG